CCCUCUGUAUCCCCUGCGGGCCUGGGCCGACAACAGGCUGCUGCACUGGAAACUCUGCAGUCGGACCCGUGAGGACUUGGCACACACAUUCAUCUGCACUGCAUCACUGGGAUCUGGCAAAAUGUCUCUCCAGGCAGAGUUUGAGAAGAUAGCAGAGGAUGUGAAGAAAGUGAAGACGAGGCCCUCGGACCAGGAGCUGCUGGAUCUGUACGGCCUUUAUAAACAGGCGGUCGUCGGAGACAUUAAUAUCGACAAACCUAUGAUUGAUCUGAAGGGAAAAGCCAAGUGGGAUGCGUGGGACUCUAGGAAAGGAAUGUCGAAGGAGGACGCCAUGACAGCCUACAUCGCACAUGCUAAGGAAGUCAUCGAGAAAUACGGGAUGUGAGACUUAUGCUGCACAAAAGUGGAACCGUUAACAGAAAUAUUACAACAAUCUACAAACUGAAUUAUUAAACCAAUACUACUGAUAUGCAUAAGACUAAUGAGCCCUCUGAUUUCAGAGGACAUAAUUAUACAGGAUGAAGUGUAAACUGACAUUUUCUUUAUUUUCCUCUAGUGUGAUGGGGUUAUUUUCCCCCAUUAACUUAUAUAACUAAACAAAUAUGCACAUUUUGGUUGAAAAAAAUCUAACCGAUAACUUACUGUUAAUUAUUUUAUUUAAUUAAUGUAGUUUAUUUUAAUAAAGAUACACAGCAAAAUAUUGUUGUGAAAUUAAAUUGCCACUUGACUGGAAGUAAUUAGUAUGUAGGAAAAGUACCACUGUCAAAUAGACACACACAAUUUCAAAAUCCAUCUUUUCAUGUUUUUUGAUUAAGCUUUUUACAGUAGAAUGAUGUGCUGUGCCUUCAUGAUAAAAGUGUAUUAUGUCAAAGUUUUUCUGCAACUGUUCUGUAUAAUGGGGCUGUGAUGCUCAUUUACCUACAAGAACAUACAUAGAGCAGCUCUUUUUAAAGUGAAAAUAAUCGACAACUAUGACUCACUUAUUCACUUAUUUAUAUAGCCAUUCAUCCUGAGUGUGUCCCAAAGUACUUUACUAAUAAUGAGCCUACGUAGAUCUGUCAGAGAGCAGAUUGAUGAAACACAAACUCCAGAAAACAAAACAACGCACAAGCUCCAGCAGGACAUCCUGCAGCGAGCGUACCCAUCCUGAACAGGCUUACCUACCUGACACCAACAGCCUCAGACCGUCAGUGCAUGAACUCUCCCUAAGAGAAAAAACUACAUAAAAGAUAAAUAAAAGAGACUCGGGGCUGGCCAAGUCAAAGAGGGAUCCCCUGCUGGGGCAGCUGAGCAUGCAAUACUGUAGCUACAAGGAAAAUAGAGAAAUGGAUUGUAACCAGGACAAUGGCAAUGACAUAAGAAACGGAUGAUGCAAGAGAAACAUGAUACUGCAGUGAAAUGAGGCCACGGUUUGUGCAGAUGUAAGCAGAAGCAAGGGCAUGAGAGAGGGGAGACAGGCAGAUGAGCCAUAUAACCUGCACAAUCCAAGCAGACACAUUCAGAUGUACACCCAUAAUGCUUCUAUUUCUUUCCUUUGAUGUGGAUUACAAAAGGAGUGACAAGAAUCUCAAAAACUGAUCAGGCAUGAGACAGUUUGCACUCUUGUUCUCCCCGCUGCCUGGCUUACUCACCUCACAGCUCUGUUCAGAGACUCUGAGAACAAACACACUCAAACAGACUCAAGUUCAAAAGUAAAACUCACUGAAUCAUUUAAAUUUGUCCAGAUGACUCCUUUCUGUCACAGGCUUUCAAACACAAGAGGAACUGAAAGAGUUUUUCACUGUUCUUAUAGAUCUGCAGACCUUCAUUGUACUGAAAAUCAAGCCUCCAUGUUGAAACAUCAUAAAUAAAUGAGUUGGGAACAUUGA